GACUGCAUUGUAGGAGGAUCUAGGCUUAGGUGAUAUAGAGUACUCAGCCCUUUUUUCAGACACAGUCGUCAUGAAGACAGCAGCGGCACUCCUGGCCCUCUCCCUCCUUCAUGUCUGCUCUCCUGUGCCCAUCAGCCGCCCCACCAACUGGCUCAGACAAUGUCGUGCCUCCACCAACCUCUCCAUCACAGCGCUGGAGGUGCUGCCAGGCGGAGGCUGGGACAACCUUCGGAACAUGGACAUGGGUCGAGUCAUGAACCUCAGCUACUUCCAGUGCCAGACCACUGAGGACGGGGUCUACCUCAUCCCGGACGAGGUGUUCGUCAUUCCCCACAAAGAGACGGGUGUGGAGACCAACUCAGAGAUAAUCAGCACCUGGCUGGAGCAGAAAAGCUCGACAUCGUUCACCAUAAAUGCAGACGUAUCCUACCUGUCUAUGCUGAAUGGAAAAUUUUCUACUGAGAACCAGAGGAUGAAAACCCAUCAGGUCAAAGACUCGUCAACUACGGCCAGAGUGCAGGUUCGUAACUUCAUCUACACAGUUAAGGCUUAUCCAGACUUCACUCUGGACACACGCUUUGUCCAACAAGCCAGAGAGAUAGCGGAUGCAAUUGAAAACAACCAAACACGAAAGGCAGACUAUCUCUCGGAGAAGAUGGUGCUGUAUUAUGGAACCCAUGUUAUCACGAGCGUCGAUGCUGGGGCUGCAUUGGUGCAGGAAGAUUACCUCAGUUCUACAUAUGUGUCAGACAAUGUGUCCCAGACUUUCUCUGUCAAAGCUCAGGCUGGCUUCAACUUUUUUGACAAACUCAAGUUUGACAUAAGCAGUCAAAUGACCCAACAGAGCGCAGCGCUCCAAACGUACCAGUCCAACAUUCAGUACUCUCUCAUUCAGAGCCAUGGCGGCGGCACGCCUUUCUAUCCUGGCAUCACUCUGCAGAAGUGGCAGGAAAGUACCAGGAACAACCUGGUUGCCAUUGAUCGCUCUGGAUUUCCCCUACACUUCUUGAUAAACACCAACACCCUCGCUGACCUGCCACAGCCUACAGUUGGAAAAGUGGCUCUUAGAGUGAGCCAAGCCAUCGAGCGAUACUACAAAGUCAACACCCGCCCCGGCUGUGUCGACGUCAACUCCAAGAACUUUAACUUUCAGGCCAACGUCAAUGAUAAUUCCUGUGAUGGCCCUGCUACAAAUCUCAGUUUUGGAGGUAUCUACCAAGAGUGUAUCAAACUUAGCCCCGAUGCAGGUCCGCUUUGUGAUGCGCUGGCCCAGAAAAACCCUGGAACAGGUGACUUCUCCUGUCGCUCACCUUACCUCCCAACUCUACUGAGAUCAGAAGUGAGACAGAAGGGUUACAAUUUACACCAGUGCUAUACAAGAAGCUAUGCCUGUGGAUUUUUGUGGCUGUCAACUUGUUACAAAUCAGUGUGUCAGGACAACUACUAUGUUAGUUCAGCUCGCAUCAACACCUACUGGUGCUCCACAAAUGGAGAGGCCCCGGACAACUCAGGAUACCUGUUUGGGGGCAUCUACAGCCCCUCUCUCCUGAACCCCCUCACCAAAGCCAAAAGUUGUCCACCAAACUUCAUUCCACUGAGGUUUCUCUCGGACGGGGAAGUGAUCUGUGUGAGCAAUGACUAUGAAACGGGAACCAGAUUCGCAGUGCCAUUCGGGGGCCUCUUCAGCUGUCAGUCAAGCAACCCACAGGCCGAAGGACAACGUCGCUGCCCUCCCAAGUUCAGCCAGCACCUUGCCACAGUGAGCGAUGGCUGUGAAAUUCUUUACUGUGUCCAGUCGGGACUGUUCACAGGCGGGCAACUGCUGCCAAUCCAUCUGCCCCCUUUCACCAAACCUCCACUUGUCAGCCUGCAGGCCACCAACACAGUAAUGGUGAUGACUGAGGGAGAAAAGAGCUGGGUCAGAGUGGGACAGACCAAGAUGUGGAAAAUGGCCAAACCAGAUGAAAUUAAGGAAAUUGUACGUGAGCUCAACCCAGAAUCAAGUCAGAUGUCGGGUGGACAAAAGGCAGCGGUAGCCUUUGGGGUGAUGGGUUUGAUGGUGUUGGUGGUCGUAGGGGCAGUCCUCCUGACGAGGAGAAGGAAAAGGCUGUCUGGGUUUGGGACGGCUGUGGGCUAUGAGGAAAUUCGUGGAGAGGCUGGCUGUGAUGAAGGAGAGGGGGCGACAUACCAAGAUGAAGCUUAAGAACACAGCUUGGCGGCUUUUCUCGAUUGCCACCAUCACAUUCACGUGUCUUAUGGCAGAGGCAGAUUUUCACAUCUUUAAGAGUUCCUUGUUUGAAUCAGCUGGAAUUUACAUUGAUUUAAUAUUCAUUAGAAUUUUUUAUGAAACCAAUCAGUCAUUUACUUUAUAACAACUGGUAAGGAUAGUAAAUGUAAUAAUUUUAACAAUUCAUUUAUUGGUUGACAUUUUGCCUAAUAGCUUGGUGUGUAUUUUAAGCUUUUAGUUUGUAUUGUUAAACUACACGUACUAAAUGAGACAAUAUCAUAUUGCAUUAAAAUAGCUCUAAAACAAAAUGGUAAACUGACAGCAGGUGUCAUUUCCAAGGGCCCAUUUGAACCAAUACUGCCCCCAGGAGGCCAAGAUGCACAAUGCCAUUUAGUAUAUAAAUAUAUACAUUUUUAGUAUAAUAAUAUAAUUUAGAAUAUAUGUUCACACACACACACAAACACAAACACACACACGUUUUUAUCCCUCAUUUAAGAACCUGAAUGCUUUGUAUGACUUUGUUUAAAUGUGCAAUUCAUAACAUAUUUUUUAGAAAUAUUCACUUCAGAUAGUGGAGAAUAUUUUGUAAUGUUUUUAUUGCUUAAAAAUCUAUUUUAGAUUAAGGACUUAUUUUUGUACUUUUUGUAUCAUGCAACAAACAAACUGUCUCUUCUGCAAUCCACAACUAUUAAAGUAGCUUAAAACUA